AUGGAACACCCGUAUCCCAAAAUGGAGGAGUUCGCGGAUCCUGUUUCUACUCCAACCACUGGUCCCGAAGUGUACAUCAUUCGACAAUUACUUAAUCCUCUUCGUGUGACACGCACCCUAAUCCAGCUUGGUUACGAACCUCUCCCCCCCAAAUCCUGCAUCUCCCCGUUCCACUUUUUCACUUGGAAUGCAACCACCCUCAACUGUUAUCCAAACGUCUUCGUGUACACGCGACACCUAUUUCGCACCUGUGGUUUUUGGAAUGUUGCAACCUGCGGUUUUGCCUCGCACUUUAUCUUCAACAUCCUUGGCGAGGCGUGUCACUUUAUGAUCCACCAGUAUGUCGUGGAACAAACGCUAUGCAAUCGUGGAUGGCUUCAAGACGAGGAUAUUGCCGGCAAGUCGGACUCAAUGCUUGUGGAGUGUAUGAUGGAAGAGGCCCCGUUUUCUCAAUUCACCCUGCACCUGCUGAAGCUGUGCUUCCUGAAGACUUAUGAGGUUUUUCUCACACAGCCAUUUUACGUAAUAAUGGUUCGACAGGCGGCGAGUCUGAUUGGGGGCGAAGCCAGAUAUUCCUGGCUCUUUCAAGCCGUUUGUUCUAUUUAUAAGGACAGUGGACUUCUUGGAUUUUUCUCCGGCCUCACACCACGUCUGAUUUUCGAGGUAGCCCGGUUAGCCCUUUACCUGUCUUUGUGCCGUGUUCUGCGUCGACGGGUCUUAGGCCUCUUUCCCCGAUCAAGUCUCCUGCGUCCCCUACGCUCGGUAAUGGACAUCUUCAUCAACAUCUUCUUCUACCGCCUGGAUGUAGUCUCCUGUGUGAUGGCAGUCCACGGUUCGCGACUUGCAUUGGCGGCGGAGGCCAACUCGUUCACUGGAUGGCGGGACUGCAAGCGCGUCUUCGCCUCGAGCGGCCAACUAAGUCGUGGCUUCUGGCCAUUUUGGAGGAUGCACGUGCAAAACGAACACCUACCCGCUGCUGUCUAG